GAAGAAGACGUCAUCGCAGUGCGAGUUGAAAAAGGACGCGCGCUCUCUCUCCUCUCUCAUUCGACCUGCAGCCCAGCUCCCUUCAAGCAGCACCACAGCCAGCCGAAAGCUACGUUGAAAAUGUCGGACGAAGGUAAAUUAUUCGUUGGAGGGCUGAACUUCGAUACCGGUGAGGACGCGCUGGCGGCGGCCUUCAGCAAAUAUGGAACCAUCGAAAAAGUGGAUGUGAUCAGGGACAAAGAGACCGGGAAAUCUCGCGGGUUCGGGUUUGUGAAAUACGACAACAUUGAAGAUGCUAAAGACGCCAUGACAGGAAUGGACGGCAAGGUGAUUGAUGGCCGGACGAUCCGCGUGGAUGCAGCUGGAAAGAGCGGGCGCCCCAGAGGAGGAUUUUCAAGCGGACGUGGUAGUGGCGGUGGAGGACGAUUCGGCAGUAAUAGGGGUAGAGGUGGGCGAGGUUACUCCAGAGGUGGUGGAUACGAAAGAAGCUAUGACCGGGGUUAUGGCGACAGGAGCUUUGGAGGAGGAGAGAGGAGCUUUGGUGGUAACAGUGGUGGCGGCGGAUACAGGAGUGGAGGAGGUGGAGGUGGCGGAGGAUCCUACGGUGGAGGAUACAGAGAAAAUAGGGGUCAGAAUACAUAUGAUCGCCAAGGAGGAAGUUACCGCGAUGGAUAUGAUGGCUAUGCUACACACGAGUAAACAUCUCCCUGAUUCAAGAUCAUCACUUGGCUGGCUGUAUUUCAAAGAUGCGCUCCUCAAGAAAAGUGUCCACGUGUUAUUGCUGACCUUAGUUUUGUAGUUCUGUUGUAGUAGCUCAAGCAUCUUCAAAAAAUGUAGCCAUGAGUUUUGGUCAUUCCUUAACAAACCAUGUAACAAAGUACAGUUCAAGACUCUUAUCUUGCUUAAUUGGGCAUCUUGAUUCCUCAAAGGUCGUUUGUUAACUAAAAGGCAACUGUAUAAUCUGAUAAGAACUGACAAGUCCCAGUAAGGGGAUCAAACAGCUCUCCACAUGGCUUUUCGUUGAACAGCCACUACCAUUGCUGUAGACUUUUUCUUUUUGUCCAGCACAUUAGAAGUGUUUCCUGAUUUUGAUUCCUUAGUUAUUUUUGUUUUUUUUAUAUUGAAAUAUCCGAUGGGGCUUGUUUGUUUAUUCCUUUUUUCCCCUGUCAGUCUUUGUGACUGGCCUUCGUCUUGCCAGGUUUUAACUGAAAGAAGAAAAUAACUCUAAAAGCUUUGGGGGAUUUUCUGCUAAAUUCCUUUUUACUAUUAAAAACUAAGUUUAGCCGAGGCUCCUGUGUGUUCAAUUUCCCAAAAGAGUGAAUUCCUUUCAGACUGGUGAACUACACAUCCGAAGUGGCCGGCUGUUCAUGAAGUCUGUCCAAGGUAUCUUCUAUGCUCUGCUCAACAUCUGCAUUUUAAAUGUGCUGUAAAAUGGACUAAUCUUGUUAAAGUGAUCGAAAAAUGUAACUACGUUUCCCCAAAGUAAAAUCUCAACCGGGAACAGUUUUGUACUUUAUGUUCUUUGUAUGAUCAACAAUUUUUUUUUUUCUUUGUCAGUUUGGCUUCAUGGAGCCUAUUAAACAGACUGUGGAAAAUAA